UCAGAGAAUCCAAUAAGAGUUGGUUGGUGCGUGCCCUGUCGGGUGAGUGAUCCGCUAAGUUUCUUUUGCCAAGUGCAAGUGCUCCAAAGGAACGAAAAUAUGCAAAGCGUGGAUUGCACUUGAAUUGUGACCGCCAGUGAUUGUGUGCUUGUGUCGCUCGUCCGCAAGGUGAACUGCGUGACGCGUGUGAUCCGAAAUCGCCAAGUGUUGUCGCCUGUGCGUGGGUGGAAUCGGCUGCAAACCUGAACAAGUGGAGCCCAACGUGCGACGUUUCUCGCGUUCUUUGGGGCCCGAAACUUUCACCGCGUCACGAACUCUCGUCAACUGCGGUCCAGCGUGUUUUCCGUGCGUCCGCGGCUGCAAAGUGUCGACUUCGGCGUUGCGGAAGAAAACCUGAACCCUUGCCCAGCUGGGCCGCGAGUGUUGCACAAUCGUCGAGUCUUUGUUCCAGACUUUCUCGAGGGAAGGAUUUACGCUCGGCCGCUGCCCGGAGGAUCCUGCAGACGCGGAGGCGGACCCUCGCCGUCGCCAUAUUAAAAUAAUCAAGAUAAAGAUACCAACCAAAUGUUAUGAUAAACGGAAAUCUAGGCUCAAUUUAUAGCUUCGAAAAUGCCCCAAACAGCUGGAGCACCGCAACAAUCAAAUGGCCUGCAACUGACUGGGGCAGGUAUGUCGAACGAUGCUCCUCCCAACACCGAUGGAUGUGAACAAAAUGCGACUGGUGGACAUCGAAAAGGACACAGACGACAGGAGUCAAUGUAUGAAAUGACAGGACUCUAUUCGGAAAGGAAUGGAGACGAUAGCAGUGUCGAUGUUCCACAAGAAGGUGGCAAUGAAUCUCCUGAGCCAGCUAUACCAAUUUUCUCACAACAUUCAACUCAAACAAACCUAUCAGAUGCCGUAGUAAAAUGCCAUAGUCGCCAGCCAUCUAGCUCUUUAAUUGAUAAUCGAGAGAAGGCCGCUCAACAGUCGUGUCAACAGAAAGAACAUCAAUCCGAGGAUGAUGACUUGAAUCGCGAUUGUGGAAUCCUAACAUGUCGUCCAUUUAUUAUUCAGAAAUUCGCAAGAAUCAAAAUAUUCGUGCUUCUGCUAUCCAUACUAGUCACAUUGCAGCAAGCUCUGAGCUCUGGAUAUAUUAAUUCCGUAAUUACAACUAUCGAAAAACGAUUCGAAAUACCAUCCAGCUACUCGGGACUGAUAGCAUCAAGCUACGAAAUCGGAAAUGUAAUAACAGUCAUUUUUGUUAGUUAUCUAGGAAGUAGAAGACAUAUCCCCGUCUGGAUUGGAAUAGGAGCGGUAAUCAUGGGAAUUGGCUCAUUAGUAUUUAUGGUGCCACAUUUCACGGGCGAACCGAAUCCAGGAGUGACACUACAGAAUAAAACCUCAGACAAUAUCUGCAGAGGUGUAUCCUUGCGUGAACAAGACAUGGGUUUAGGACGGCUUUCUAGUGGUUUAUCAAAUCCACCUUUAUCGCCGCAUAAUAUUCGUGGUGACAAUUGCAUUCAGGGCAAAUCAUCAACAUUUGGUCCAGUUCUAUUAUUCAUCAUAGCUCAGCUAUUACUGGGGUGUGGUGGCAGCCCGCUUUUUACACUUGGAACGACAUAUGUGGAUGAUCAUGUAAAGACUGAAAGUUCGUCAAUGUAUAUAGGAUGUAUGUAUAGCAUGGCUGCGUUUGGUCCAGUUUUAGGAUUUUUACUUGGUGCCUAUUUAUUAUCAUUUCAUAUGGACUCAUUGUCUGGGAGCAUCAUUUCAAUUGAUCCUGGAGAUCGCCGUUGGGUGGGUAUGUGGUGGGGUGGAUUCCUUUUAUGUGGCCUACUUUUACUUAUGGUAGCAAUACCAUUCUUUUCAUUUCCUAAAAUCCUUACACAUGAAAAGAAGAAGAUCCGAAAAAUGGAAAUAAGAUUACAACAGGUGCCUCCAAACAACUGCAAUAGUUUGCAACGACAGAAUCAAGAAAAGCAGAAACAACAACAAAUCGAGAAUGAAAAAGUCAAAUCUACAGUGGAUACUGGAUAUGGAAAAGAUAUCAAAGACAUUCCGCAAUCUAUGUGGCGUCUCGUUUGCAAUCCAGUGUACAUAGUUACAUGUCUCGGAGCUUGUAUGGAACUUAUGAUUGUAUCUGGAUUUGUAGUGUUCCUCCCAAAAUACCUGGAAACACAAUUCAGUUUGGGCAAAAGCCAGGCAAGCGUGUUCACAGGAUCAAUAGCUGUUCCGGGAGCAUGUAUUGGGAUAUUCAUUGGCGGAUGUUUCCUGAAACGUUUCCAAUUAAAGCCAAAGGGUGCAGUGCAAUUUGUACUUAUUUCAAAUAUCGUGUGUUUAUGCUGUUACGGUUUGUUGUUUUUCUUGGGCUGUGAGAAUCUGAAAAUGGCUGGAACCACGAUCCCGUAUUAUAAUAGUUCAACUCAUACAUCGCCUGAACCGUUUCAAGUGAAUUUAACUGCAGCUUGUAAUUUCGGAUGUGAAUGUCAUAUGAGUGACGUAGAACCUGUUUGUGGAAACAACGGUUUGACUUAUUUCAGUCCUUGCCAUGCAGGUUGUACAGCGUUUUCAUCCCGUUCGAAUUAUACAAACUGUGCAUGCGUUCACUCCAAUAUUUCGAACGAAUUCAAAGGUGUUGGCGGAAGCACAGCACAGGCUCUGAAUGCACGCGAAGACUUUGCUGAAGUUACUGUGGUUCCCGUGGCCACAGCAGGACCUUGCACUACUCCAUGCAGAACAAUUUAUCCAUUUUUAAUUUUACUUUUCUUUAUGACAUUUAUUGUGGCUGCUACCCAAAUGCCUCUGCUUAUGAUAGUAUUAAGAUCCGUAUCUGAGGAAGAACGGUCGUUCGCAUUGGGAAUGCAAUUUGUUAUAUUCCGGCUGUUUGGCUAUAUUCCAGCGCCUAUCGUAUUUGGAAAUUUAAUAGAUUCAACAUGUCUACUCUGGAAGUCUACAUGUGGCGAAAAAGGAGGCAGAUGUCUUAUAUACGAUAUUGAAACUUUCAGAUACAAAUACGUUGGUCUCUGUGGUGGAAUUAAAAUUGUAGCCCUGGCCAUUUUCAUGAUCGACUGGUGGCUGGUUAGGAGGCGAAAGCAAUUGGAAAAAGCAAAACCAAUUACUGCCCAAGAAGUCGUUGGUUCUAUAAUUAGUUUAGAUAAAUUGUUCGAAGAAAAAAUCGGAAUAGAUAAUCAAGGCAUGCCAUUCAGUGGUGAACUCGUACCUGCAGAUGGUUAUACAACGGACGGGAAAAAGGUCAUAAUCACUUCUCGGCAUUCGAGAAAUGAUUCGAAGAGUAUACAACUGGAAUUUCGAUAUGAUAAAUGCGACAAUACAGCCAACCAACCAUUUGCGUCUGCACCUCAUACAAAAUCUAAGAAACAUUUCCGCAGCAAUUCUUGCGACGUUAAAAUGAUUCGAAGCUCCUCGCGAGAUAACGACACAUCGGAUAACAACACGAAUAACAGCAACAAAUAUAAGAACACAAAAUUCAUCAAAUCUCAUUCCCGCAACAACUCACAUGAUCUGGCAUCCGAUUUCCGACAAAAGCUAACACAUUCCAGGACAAAUUCACGAGACGAUCAAAACUUGAAUAUCAAAUACAUUCUAAAUCAUCUGAAGAAGGAUGAUGACAGCCAUCGUGCUAAGAAGCAUUCGCGGAACCAUUCCUACGAUCAAAUUUACACCCCGAACAACAUUCGAUUUGAUCAGGAUCUGUUCAAACUGAAGAAAAGUGUUAAUCUGCUCAAGAACCUGGAAGCAAAGGUAAAAAAUUCGAAUGAAACGUCCGAUCUAAAGUAUAACCAUCAUUCGCGUAAUAAUUCGAAAGAUCUCAAUGCUAAAGAGAUAAAGCCACUCGUUGAAGUUCCUCUGUCGGUGUCUAGUAUCUUAAGACAUCGUCGCACCAAUUCCAAGGAUCUUAAUAAGAUGGUUGUUAGUCCCAUAGACUUGCCGUCAACCGCCGUGAGCGGCGGUAGCACUAUCGUCAAUUGCAUUCCUAACUGUUCGUCAACAUCGUCGAACACUGUCACCGUUAGCAAUAUUAUUAGUGGUAAUAAUAGUAAUACUUGUAAUAGUAGUAGCAAUAGUAAUAAUGUUGGCGUUGCAAAGCACAAACGUAAUUCGUCACAGCAUAAAAUUCAAAUAGAAAACGAGCAGGAGUCUGCUCAGCUGUUAUUGACUAGCAGUAGUGAUAGCCAUAGUGAGGAUCAACUUAUGUGAGAUAGUGAUACAGCAAGCGUUUGAAAAGAUUUCUAGAAAAUGGUUAAGAGUUUUAGGAGCUUUGAGCUCAAAGGUGGUAUCUGGAACACUGAGUGGUGCGAGGAGAUCAAACUGCAUGUACCGUCCAUUUGCAUUCAAAUUGAUCAAAGCGUCUGCAUUAGGAAUGAACGUAGCCUACCUGCAUAUUGUGUGUCCUAAGACUUAGUAAGCAUAUGAAUCUCUCAGAGUAGCUUUGUACUAAUAUUGUCUAAGAUCAGUGAGUUUUGAAACACCGCACUCAGUGAUGCACUCAAAAUAUUCAUAUUGAAUGGACGUUUUGCGAAUUAUAACUGAAGAUCCAACAGUAGAAAAAUAUAUCAACCUAGAAUUCAGUCGUUAACUGCUUGGGGUCGGAAGAAUUUUUACUACGUUGUUCGGAGCUUCCUCUUGACUUCACUAGCGGUUUUAGAUAUCAUUUUUGAGUUUUAUGGUUAAGAGUCAAUUGUAUAUAAUAUAUACAAUAAUGUUUUCGUUAUAGUUUUUAGAGACGAGAAAUGAUAACGUAGAAUGCAAAAUAUACUAUAUAUUUUUUCUAGUGAAAGAUCCGUUUUAAGUAGAGUGAAUAUGAUAAAAUGAACUAUUUUAGAAAGAAACCAAGAGAAAUAUGAAUAACGAAUAGAGAAAUGUGCAAUUAUUAUACUGCCUUUAAAGUAAUUUAUUUUUUUUUCUUGAUCCCUUUAAAUACAUUUUUUUCAUAUCCUGGAAAUACAGCGAAUCUUGUAUGAUUACUCACUAACAUUUUCAGAAACAUUGAAUUCCUUUCGAAAUAAAAUUGUACUCCGCGAGAAGAUGAUAGGACGCUCCUGCCUUUGAUCGUUUUCCCUUAGGUUGAACAAGGUAAAAACCAUGUUUCUCCAUUAAUAUAACGGCCUCCUCUUGAGAGUAAUUCAAUAUUUUUUUAAGAACAGGUAGAAAAGUGUGAAUAGAAGGCACAGUUAAUCUGUAAAUCUAAUAUACAUGUACGAGUAUAUAUUCUUUCAAUUAAUAAAGAAAUGCCUUCUCCAAAUACCUCCUCCAAUUUGCAGUGAUUUGAUAGCGUUUUGUUAUAUUUUCGAUGAAUAUUUAUGGCCAUUUGAGUUCAAGUUUAUUAGCAUUGAUUUUGAUUCAAAUUGUUGAUUGCCUCAGUGAGUGAUUCGAAGUCAGGUACAUAGUUUCUCAAUAACAUUGAGAGACGGCCCAGAACGUCGGUAAAAAACGAAAACAUUCGAAAAGUCCUUUUGGCCAUGUGCAAUAUGAAUAGCUGCGUUAUUCUGCUCUUGUUAACUUUUACUUAUUCCUCCUUUCCCAUGGAGAAAUACACUAUGGUACUUUAUGGAUCUAACUGUUGUGUUCAAUAAUUUGGUCCAUCUAAACAAAAACGAAUGAAAAAUAGAUCAUAUUUUUUUAGCCAUGUUCCUAAGUCAAUAUUCAACUUUUCUCGUUUUUUCGCAGUUUGGUUAAUUUUCCUUGAGCGCUUCUUCCACAUUUCUAACACUAUUUUUCUUAACAACUUGUUUUAAGUUCAACCUAUUUUUUCGCGAACACACUUUGCUUUCGGGAGUUUCUCCUUCCAUAUUUUUCUGCUUGGCAUUUGAUUAGUUCUAUAAGUUUUCUGACAGUUGUGGAUUGCUUGUUUCAAGUCGAUUUUUUUAAAUUUUCUAGAUAAAAGGGGUGUAUGAUUCUACCGAGUUGAAUGUGGGCUAUUUUUCUUCAUUUUUUAUUAAAUUUACGAUCAUCUGGUUCUCAUCACUUUUCUUGGGGUCAUGACUUUAUUCUUUCUGAAAAUUGAACUUAUCAAAUGUAUUUCAUUUGAUUGCACAGCUUUUUCCGAGGCUAUUUAAUAAUAAGAACCUGAGAAUCUUUAAUAAGUCCAAAUAUAUUAUGGCAGGUGGAAUGGAAAAGUCAAAGCUUCUAAAAGACUUGAAGGAAUCAUUAUACCGUGAAUUUAUUUGAUAUUGGCUGAACAAUUCUAUUUCGAGUCAUGUAGUGUAGAUUCGACUUCACAAGGACGAAACACUGACUCUUUAAAGGACUGUUAUUCGAACAUUGAGAGUUAUCUAGCCCUCGAGGAUUCAAUUUUUUCCAGGGUAGAAUACUAAAGGACAUUUCUUAUUAAGAAUCGUUACUCAGUAGCCAUGGAUAACUGGAACGCUUCGACACGUGUGCAAGACUUUACAUUCAGGAAGUUUUUAGCCAAGCAAAUUUAACUGAUUUGAUGAGCUUAAAAUUGCUUUUGUACCUCGUUUUUUGUUAACUAUCUAUUAAAUUUAUCUUAAUUCUGUGCAAAAAAGGUCAAAACCGAUUGUUCAGUAAUAUCAGUUGAAUUACAUGAACAUUUUCAAACAUUACUUUUGCUAUUUCACUUUUCAAUAAACUUUAAAGUGAUUAUUGCUCUUCGUCAUUUGUGUUUCCUUUAUCAAAAAGUUUGCUUUUAUCCUUAAUAAGGUCUCAUUUUUUAACCAACGGAUGGUUUACAUUAUUUGGGGUAGGUCAUUAUAAAAAGGUCAAAAACCUACCUCUCUUCCGUCGUCAUCAUCAUCGUCAAUGGCGCAACAACCGAUGUUCGAUCAGAUAUGCCUUAAUAAGGAAGUCCAAACAUACUAGUUUUACGCCAAGGUCCAUCAACUGCCUGGGAUCGUAGUCAACGCUAUCGCUCUAUCAGGAUCUGCCAUGUCUUCUUCUUCUACCAUAGAUAGAUCAUCCUCACCGCAUUUUAUCCACAACCAAUCAUCACGUCAUCGUCGCAGAUCACACUUUUAUAGGAGCAAGUUUAAAAAAUGGUUGAUAGAAUAUUCCCUUGUUUUAGACCGUUGCACAUAGGGGUAUUUGCCGAGUUAGCCAGCCAAAAUUGUUCAUUUAGUUUAUAUUGUUUCUUACAAUUCCUUGAUUAACUGUAUGUCAAUGAAUAAUGACUUGAAAUAUUGGACAUGAAAAUGCUAUAAAACUACACAUUUUUAAUCUACGAUUAGAUAUUUAUUUUCUAUGAAAUACAGUUUAUGUAUUUUUUUGAAUUAAGAUGAUGAUAAGUGUUACGGUUCCUCAUUGCCCUGAUUACUAUCUGUGCUAUCAAAGGCUUCUUUCAAAUCUGAAUCAUUUUCAGAGUCAAGUUCAUCGAGAGUCAUCAAAUCAAUUGCAUUUGUCGUAAACGGCAUGAUCCGAAUCAAGUAAAAGCCAUCCAUAUUACACUUGGCCUGUAGGGCCAGAAAUGAUUGUCUCGUGCCUCAGCGGCAUCUUCCGAUAGAUCCAAUGUCCAUUGGGCAACAAUGUCUUAUCUAAGACAGUCGUACUACGCACUAGAAUUUUGGGGGUCGCAGGUGUGGCAGGUAUCGCAGGAUGCCACGGAUCAUUAAUUAAAAAUUAUAUAAAAUUUUGCAAUUCGUAUGCAAUAAUCUUCAAACUUGCCCAGAUAGGCUUUGUUGCAUAUCAUUUCGAAGAUGCAUUUGAUUCGGUAAAUCAAAUUAUAAUAAACUCCAAUUAUUUCCGCAACUAAUUAGGAAUUGUUUACAGUUACUGUUAGCCUUCACUUCUAAAUUUUUCUUGGAAAUCUUUUUUCCUCGCCAUAACGACGAAGUAGAUAAUCCAAAAGAAACUGCAUUCACGCUUUUGCGACUACCAUUGCAAGCAUCAUUGUAUAUUUACGCAACAACUUCCAGUAAAAAUGUCGUAUUUUAUAAAGUUUUGAUAACAUUUUGCACAUACUCAAUCUCUUCUUUGGUUAUAUCCGCAGUUUUUUUACGAAUUAUUUUCGUGGAUGUGUCGAUGAGAAAGUGAUCCUACUAAUCAUCAUAAUUUAUAUCGUUUAAGAGAAGCAGAGUCACACCCCUACUCCUCAAAGUUAAUAAUCACACCUUUGUUCAUGUCAAGUAUAUCACCUUCUUAGGCAAGGAAAUAACGAGGACUUGUUCGGUCAGAUAUCAUUUGAACUCUAUUAUCCCGAAAACCUUAAAGGUCGGCAGGCUGAUUAAUUUUGCAACUUGUUUUUUUUUUUUGGGACUCACACCCUCUUUAUAGACCGGUGGUAAGGCCUAUCUUAGAGUAUGCAGCUACGUCCAUUAUGAAUCCGCCCAGAUACUUUGAAACCAAGCUUAACUCUAUAUCUGCUUGUAUUCUGAGAAGAUGCCUGGAGCUGAUCAGAACCAGCCCCUUUGCUAUAAUUUGGUGGUAUGAAACCCGGAUGCUAACACUGGUCUGUCCUCGAUCUAUAGGUCGUUCCGGAUCAUGUUUGACACUGUAGUUUCCAAUGAAGUUUCCAUGAUUUCAAUAAGGUUCAGAUCAUCUUGUCUUAUGAUUUGGGAGGAAUCUGUGACAAGGCCUGCGUGGCGGUUACUUGUGGUAGGUAGGGCGAUGGCCUUAAAUCUAGAGGUUUUCUGGUCCUGAUGUCGGAUGCUGCCUGAUGAUUGGGCCUGUGCGGUGAUUGGUCCCGAUCGGACCCAGGUCUCACGCUUUUUCUUGAAUGUUAAGUUCGGUUUUGGCGGCUGAACUUGAAGAGAAGGUUGCCAUCAUUACAGACUCUAUGCAUACUUGCAAAUUACUCAAAUAAACUUCGCGAUCGCACUACCUAGUAGGCAAAAUACAUGCCCUGGUUUCUCACCUGAAAAUUCUCUGAUGCCCCGCUCAUGUGGGGCACUCAUUAAAUAAACUUGCCCAUGUAGAAGCCCGCAAGUCUCUGGGUUUGUAUCCCACGAGACUGGUCGAGCCCUCUCCCCUGUCGAUGUUCUAAAGGGCGUUCAGGAACACUCUUACAAGGAGUGGGAGGAUGACUUUUUGGCAACGUCGCUGGUGAAAGGACAUUUUCUCCCCAACACUCACGCAACUUUACCUAUAAUUAAACCGGAGGCACGCGUAUACUUAUAGCUUUCGAGGAGAAAUUACUGAAUCGUCUUGAAACCAAUCACACAUAUAAUAAAGUCCUUCUGAAGAGAUUUGGCACAUAUUACAUAUGUAACACUUGUAAAGUUGGGGAAAGUGAUGAACACAUAAUCUUUUGGUGUAAUGAGUAUAUCAGGUUUCGGGUAAAGUGUAGAUGGUGUAACAAGUAUUUUAACCUUCAGCAAAUCGUGUUGAGUAGGGAUUUUUGCAUGAUUGAUGACCUUUUAUAUUUUUUUAAGGAAGCUAGAGUUAGAUUAUGAUACUUUUUGUAUUGUCUCGGAGCGCGGCGUUUUCUGCCACCACCGUCUUUGGUUCUUGGCAUUGAUAUAUCCCCUGCCUCUCUACGCUUCAAUGGUACGCUGUUCUGAGUAGAGUCGCGGUGAAGUUCCUAUUUCAUACUUUGCUGGUUGCAGUUAUAUUAUCGUGCAGCCUUCAUGCGUUCGUGCAUCACGUAUUUAGGGAUGGAGAUAUCAUCACUUUAGCUUCAUCAACGCAACGACAACUAAACACUCACAAUCGUAAAGCAUUAAGUUGAAAUUAAUAUCCAUGUUUUUUUUUACAGUUAAUAUAUAAGUUAAGGAAAAAGCUAGGUGGUUUUCCUUAUACUGUAAAUAUUUUUAUUUUCGUUUCGCAUACAACUGUUUCGGAGACCACGUUUCUCCUUCCUCAGUGCUAGUACCUAACCUAAAGCAUUAUUGACUAAUACUGGAUUACAUCCUGUGUUCCGGAUCUCAUCGACAUCUGAAUAACGACUAAAACUGCUAAUUGUUCUUGGUGUACUUCGAAGGUAGUAUCAGGUCCUCUUUGGACUGUUAGCCUGCCGGAUCCCAGGGGACAAACAAAACCAAACAACGACAACAACGAUGAGCAAGCGAAAGUUGCAGUGAAUAGGUGACAUUUACUUUGCAUGGUGUAACCAGCAAUACUAAACCAAGAUGGCCGACAAUUGGGUCAUUCCAGAAACACAUGGCGCAGAAUACUGUGUGAAGAGAGCAGGCUUCUCGAAAAGCCCUCAAGGGAGCUGAAACUCAUUUCAACAAUAAUUUUUCCCAAGUUACUUUAUACUUUGUAGAUCUUGUCGGAGAAGUCAUAAGCCAUUGUUUAAGUAUACGUGAGACAUAUUUUUUUCCAGAUGCUUGUAAACGACUUUGAUGUUCGGCCGUAAUUGCUAGGCUGCGCGCUUAGCAUUUCAAACGCUUUUCUUGUCCAUUUGCCGUUAGUUUGAAAAAUCCAGUUUCCGUUUUGUCCACCUUUUCCCAAUUUUUGUUUAAAUUCUAACUUCAAAUGAGAAAAUUUAUGCUUCAGCUACUUAAUUUUAUCAUCAGAAUAGUGUUCGCUAGACUUCUUCAAAAUUUAAUUAGUUUUGUUUUUGCAUUUUAUUCAAAAGUCAUCUACGGGUCCCUACUUUACAACCUAAACUUAUUGUUAUCUAUCCACUUAACAGUGAUAAUCAGUUUAUUUUUACUUGCAAUGAAAUUUUAAAAAUUCAUUUUUGACCAGCUGGAUUUGUCAAAUAUCCCUAUUAUUGUUAUUCUGCUGCUUUUAUCAUGGCCACUUAAAGUUCUCCUGACUAUGGUAUCGUAGGCAACUUGGACGUCGAUGAAAAUAUGAUGCCAUCAGGUCUGCCGAGAGGAGGUGGAAAGGGGGGAUUCCCCCGGACCCGGAGUUGAAUAGAAUUUUUUAUGAAAAAAGAUAUAAUAAGGAGCCUAGAUAAUGCUCACUCAAGAUCGGUAUAAUUAUAGCCCUGGGCCUCGUUUUCCCUCUGGGCACUGUUUUUUCUUCUACGGUCCUGAGUGCCGUUCAUGGCCAUAUUUCAAUAGAGGAAAUUCGAUCUGAUUUAUUGAUGAUUUUCCUGGAGCGAAGCCACUUUGCGGGUGAUGUUCUGGGCGUAUGGGGCUAUUCGGCAUAUCACGAUAGUGGAGAAUAUCCUACCGAUGGUGUGGAGAAUAUCUUACGGAUGGUUCUGAGUAACGUGAUACCUCUAUAAUUGCUGCGCUGCAUGCGCUUGUUUGUUGCAGUUGGUUGGUGAUUGCAUCAGCUCCCGACAAAUUUUGGAUUUUGGCAAGAUUCCCAGCUAGUCCAUAUUCUGUUUCUUGAACAAUUCAUCAAAAUACUUAACCCAUUGCUCAAAUAUGCCCAUAAGGUUGAGAAUUAGAUUUCCCUCUUUGUUUUGGCAGGAUAAGCAAAUAAGAGUCUGUUACUGUAACUGUGACUGUAAGUCACUGUCGCUGAUAGCUGUAUGUGGAAUGAAUGAGUGGCGAAGGGAGCUUUUCUUGAUAAUACGAAUUCACUAAUGGGGAAGUAUAUUAAUUCCUCCCACGCUAGAUAUUCAUUAAUCUACAUAUAUGGUCAUUUUUGGUCACGGUUAUAUAUAUGACAAUAUUCUAAUCCUCCUAUUGAUAUUUGUGAGUCACGACAGCUGCUCAAGAGAUUUUAAAUAAUAUUAUUCUGUUGGAAUUUGAAAAAAAAUUUGAAUACACUUUUUUUCCGAAGUCAUUGCUGAUUUCAGAUAGUUUUUAACCGAAAUAUUUCCUUGGACUCCAAACUAACAAAUUUGGUCGUUUAAUCGAUUUAUUUUCGUAUUUACAAAAUGUCAUUAUUUGAUAAUGAUGUACAUCGAAUCAUUCGUUUUACGAAUUUUUAUUUCGUUUUUAAUUUACAAACAGUGUCCAAUCUAGGCAUGAUACAGGUCCACAGAUCCCUAAUUGCAGAAUAAUGUAUAAACCAAAUUACAACACUUUUUCCUUCCGGGAAAUGAAUUUUAUUGUAAAAUGGAAAACAUUGCUCGCUUUACGUUUUAUAAUGAAAUGUGCUGUGACGAAUAUAUUGAAGAAAAGAUAAAUAUUUAAUUUUGUAAAAUUACUCACGAUUGAAGGGUGUGUAAUGGAUAAAAACUGAAUACAAUAUACUGAUUUAACGCAAUAAGAUAUUUAGAAAAAUCUAGAAAAUAGAAGUGUGUUAAAUCCUAAAAUGCAAUCAAAACUUUUGAAUUGCCGUAGAUUACAUAGUGGAUAGAUUGAUUUGAGCGUUGCUAUUGUUGAAGCGAGUUAGCUCAAUCACCUGGACUCAUAAAGUCAGCAAAUUUUAUAUUUUUAGUAACAAGUCAACGUUCGAUGUUUCAGAAUGAUUGGAUCGCUAUGGUUAAGAGGCUCUCAUACUUUUUUAGCCAACUGUGGAGACUGGUUUCACAAGCAGCAACUGGAUAGCAACAUUAAAUUUAACAUGAUCAUCUCGUUAGAUAUAAAACAUACAUAUAUUUGCCAUGGAAUGGGCAGCAAACUUUAUACACAUUAUGUAUAUGUUUAAAUGAAAAUUGCCUACAUUAUUUGAAAUUUACCUUAUCUCUUGCAUAUCAUAUCUACAAUUUAGUAAAUGUGUCAUGAUCAUCAAUUUCCUUAACGCUUUCAAUUGCGUUGCAUUAUAAAUUAUCAAAGUGGAUAGAAAAUUUCCAUAACAGUCACGUAAACUAGUUUAAAUUCCACGAUAUAGAUGUUAACAUUGUCUCUAAAAACGAGUGCAACGCUCGAAAUGAUUAUGAAAACUUGAGUAAGGAAUUAUAACUAAUCAGUUUGUUUGGUUACGCACAUCAUAAACUUCUUCGAACUGAAGCUGAAGGACCUCAUGUAGCACUUUUUACAUCCAAAAUACGAAAGCAAAUUGUUUAGGUUGUGUCGGAAUAUAUUCCGCUUUUACUCUUAACAUCAACCAUAUUGGUGGCAGAAUCCUCCAUUUAUUUUGGGCCACUCAGCCCUGUAUAGUGUAGUAAGCCAUCAUAGCUUUUAUCCGCUCAUUUAAAGCCAUCUGCAUCUUCGAAUUGUAGGGUUUGCCGAGUCUGGCGGCCUGGCGCCAUCUAAGGUCCGCGGCUGCUAAAUAGUGCAAGUAGAUUCCACCUUUAUUAGUGGUCAGUGGGACACAGACUGUGCCCAUCGAAGGAUUGCCAAGUGAAUGCCCAGAGUUCCCGAGGUAUUUCGUCUAGGAUGCUACUAUGACCGUAGGCCUUCACUGUCCAGCAUAUGGACUCACGUAGUCUAACGCUACGUCUAAGGGGAGGAGGUAUAGGAACACAUUAAGAGCAUCUGCCGGACAGUACUACAGAGAUCCGGUUGCAUAUGCAUAUGUGCUUCUUUGAAUCCUAUCAAGCUUCGUUCCAUUGUACUUUUUACUCAGUGUCUGCCACCACAUAAUAGAACCAGAAUAAUCCUCGGCUGGAGUCCCCAUUUCCUUGGAAAGGUCUACUUGCAGGCAAAGAAGGCUAUACAAGUCUUCUUAACUCCCAGUUCUAUGUUCAGUCUCCAAUUUAGGAUUACUCCCAAAUACUUUACAUUGGAGGAAAAAACCAAUCUUUGUUCAUUCAGCCGCGGUAGGUGGAAUUAGGGUACUCUUAUCUUGAUGGUGAUGUAAGCCGCGAAAAUAUACAUGUUUUCCGCCCUCGUUUGCUAACAUUUUAACAUGACUCAACCAAGAUUUGUCUCGAUCAAUAUCCCUUGUGCAAUGGAAUUUAGUCCACUAAUAUUUACCUUGCAGUCCUUUGAUUGUUUGGCCUUCUCCGAUCUUCUUUAAUUCGCCGUCUAUGUCCUCCUUUAGGAAGAAGACCAGCAGAUUAACUGAUGCGCACUUCAAAUGCGUACGAUUUAUCUGCGCGUCAAUUGGAUCCAGGUCGUCGUCCGGUUUCGUGUAACGGAACACUUUCGCCUUUGACUCCGAACCGCACUUUAUAAUCUGCCUUUUUCAGUGCCUUCAGGCACUCUCCGAUUAUACGGAGCAGAAACUCCUUGAUACCCACCCAAUCGUUCAUAGCAAUUCCGAGGUUUUGAAAGUACUAGGAUUGGACGAGCUUGUCGUUAUCCCUGCGACAACUAGAUGCAGAUCCGGGGGAUCUUAUUAUAUGGGAUGACUUCGAGCUUUACUCCCUCCCAAGCGUCGCUGAUCGUUGCACGAACAUGCAAUUCCUGGAAAAGUAGUCAUCGCAUGCUAUAACGGGGAAACCACGGACUAACUGGGAAGAAUCGAAGCUGUGAAUGAAUUCCGACUUUGCCUUCCAGCAGAUGCUCGAUGAUUAUCUCUGGUACACACCUCCGGCACUAGCUUUCCACUAGCAGAAUUAUAUUCUUUAAAAAUUGUCUGCUUAUGAGCAAGGUCCUUUUCAUGCCUACUUAUUUAUGGUAAUCUCGUCCAGAAAACAUAUGGUCUUCUGGUACUGGUUCUUGAGCAGGACUCCACUAUGCAUCCGCUUCUUUAUUGGUUUCCGCUGGCCGAUAUUCUUGUUAGCUCCUCCUUUUGAGGGAGCUUUCGAUUUCGAUCACGCUCACGGAGGUCUUUGUUAUUGGGUUCAGUGCAGCGCUGCUACGAUUGGCGCCGACUAUACUACCCCGACGGCUAUUGCCUCUUGGCUGGACCACCUAUUCUUCUAUCGCAGCUUUUGGAUUUCUUUGAGUCCAUGUGGUGAUCCCACGAUCCUCCCAAGAUAUUCAGAGUUCGCAUAUUAAACACUAAAGCACCUAUGGGUCAUGCAGUCCUCAGAGUAUGGUGUUCCACCUUAGCUUGUAUUCCUCUUAGUACCUGUAGUGAGUACGAUCCCCGGGCUUUUGCUUCAACUCACCGCCUCCAGAUACGCUUCCCGCACAUGACCUGCAAGCAAACAAAUCAUCGUAAGUUGGACGAGCCUACUCUCAGCCCGCCUCCAAGACAGUUUUCAAAUUCCACGGCGAGAUUGUCAUGUAAGGACUUACCCAAUCAUCCAACCUUAAUCUAAAGCAUAAUCAGACCGGGCACCUCCACCCCGUUAUUUGAACGUGAAAUUAAACGUGGGAGCAAAGGGCGUGACUGGCUGAUGCUUGCUUGCUUCGGCGGUAUUAUAAUUAAUGUGGGUUGCUCUUUGUUAGUCUCCUUGAUUUUUUUGCGAAUUAUCGUAACAAUGUAUAAUCGCACGAUUGUUAUUUUGUAUUGAUAUUUGAGUUCUGAUAGAUUUUCAAUAAAUAUACGAAACUCAGCAACUCUUUGGAAUAUUGAACCUAUUUUGCCUGAGAAAUAUUGUUAGUAAAGGUUUUCUUCUUUGUCUCUACAUAUGUAGGUCUUUCGUCAAGUUUUCUGAUGUUGCCAUUAUUAUAUCUUCUUUGUUUCUUUAUUUUCAUUUCAUCUUUUUUUGUGUAAACUGUUUUCUCCAUGUAUUGUUUGUGUGCAACAUGUUUCUUCGUCUAAUACAUGUAUUGUUGCCAUUAAUUCCUUAGAGAGGUAUAGCAUAUCAUCCACACCUACGCCCCAUCGGUCGCAGUUACCUGGAAUGCGCUUGAACUCUCACCAGCACUUCGCGGGAUGCUCACAUUUUUUUUCUACUGCUCUGCGCCAAGUGUUCUUGGGGCAACCCGCUCGUUCGCCAUCUUGGGGAAGUGAAUUCCACUGCAGCAAUACAAUUGUCGCCCUUCUUAAGGUCUGACCUAUCUACUGCCACUUUCGCCACAUCGGGAAACAUCCAGUUCGAUACGAAAUUUUUGCUACUAGCAAAGUAUAUCCGCACUCUCCUGUCGUAUCCUUCGCGCGACCAGCUUUUGCGUUAAACUCCUCUAGAAUCUUAUGUAUUUCUAAAGUAUUACAUCUUUUAGGCAUUCUCGGGAACGUUAAAGAUGUGCUUGGUUGAUUCAUCAUUGUUUUAGUUGGCGCAUGACACUUUAUCGGUCACACAUUGAAGAAUUUUGGCUUUAGACGUAUCACACAUAAUCUCUAGCUAAUGGGUUUGAAAUCUAUAAUGAAUAUUUUAAAUGUUUGUGAGAAGUGUACGCCCCUCGAAUUCUCGACUUUCCGACUUUUUUCCACAUGUAAGGAGAAUGUGCGAUCACAUGCUAUUGAUCGGAUAUAUAAUCCUUCCGUUUCUUGAAGAUCAGGAUAUUGAUAUUAUAUCUCAAAACUUCCUGAAAAAGUUCUCUUAGCGCACCUGUUCUUUUGAGCGUUCUUACAUUCCAAAAUCUACUAGAAUAAUCCACUUUUCAUUACCUGUUUCUGAAACUCAUUUUUUUUUUACCGGACGAGUAGUUAACUCUUCUCUAAGAGAUCCUGAGGAUAUCUCCCGAAGAUAAAGGUAGGGAAUGCAUAAGUAUUUCGUUCAAGAUCUUUCUGAGGUAUCUUCGUCCGAUGUCCUCCGCAAAUGACAGUUCUAUCUGCAGGCGGCUUCCUCAUUUUCUCCGCAUUAGCUGCAAGCGGAACAUUUCCAGUUUCACCAGGAGAUAGUUUAAAGAAUAGUGCCCCGUUGAAAGUGAUACUCCUUGCUUAUCGGUAUAAGUUUAAAUUUCUUCAUUUAACUAUGUGAAUCAGGGCGAUUUAAUCCUAGUCAAACUAUUCCCGCCAAGCUGACCCCUGGCAAGCGAGUCUGCUUAUUUUUUCCGGGGUUUGUUGCAGUGUUUUGGCACUGACAUCAGGAGCAGUUCGUUCAGUUGACCGAGUUUAAGAAGCAAGUAGUGGCAGCUAAACAUCAAGCAGCUUGAUAUAAUGACGGAAUCGAUUUGAGUAGUGCAUUUUCACCGAUUUUGUUUUAAACAUUUUUCUGUCGCUUUUAAAAUAGCACCUCCAAUUCCACCUGAAAUGUGUUUGUCAUUUUUCCAAUGAGCUGAGCCAGUUUCAAAAUCGGGUUUUGCCCAGAGCACCACAGAAUUUGAUCCCUCUGUUACUUACAUGUAAUUCGUCCAUAAUUCCAAAGGCCCCGUGGUUGUUUGACGACCAUUCUUUUCUCUUGGCGAUUAGCAUGGAAUUGUGUUGUGAUUGUUGGUAGGUCCUCAGCCUUCUUGCAGUUGUAUUGCACCAGAGUCUCUGUGAUAUCCUUCCGAGAUGGGGAAUCGCAUGGCAGUUGGGUGCCUAUUAUCACGAGCCAUUUCAAGGCCAAGAUACCCUCGCCACCCCUCUUGAGAACAACGCCUAAGAAACGAAUGUUAACCCAUUGUCAUUUGGAACAGUUUUAUACACAAUUCAUUUUCAAGUUGAGUUUGUUGAGCCUCUCGAUAUCGUUAUCCCGGGGUCGAAUCGCCGUUCAUUAGGGACAGUUUUGUUUACCUUGGUGCUGCCCACUGGUGCAAGCUUCUCAUUUGCAUAACACUGAAAGUGAUGAUCAUCACCAAAACACAGGCUCAUUGAAUAUCAAAUAAAAAUAAAAUCAUAUUUAGUCUACACAGGACUGAACAGGAUACAUAGAUAUUUUUCGCUCUGCUAAACCUCGGUUGAAAUUUUAUUGAUUUCACCUUUCACCUCAUCCUUUCUGUAAAUUUCUAAUGAUUUUCCGGGACUCGAAUUGUGUUUUUUUUAUUUAUUACAAUACAAUAUUUAAUUAGUUAUUAUUUAUUUGAUAUCAUUUUGAGUUAUCUGUUAGGAAUAGAUAAUUAGGCAUUAUUUAUUAUCCCAACUUUGUUAAAUAUACAGAUCUUCUUGAUGUCCUGAUUUUUUUGUCAGGAUUUUGAGGAAAAUUCUCUUAUUUUAUCAUGCAAAGUUGGCAUAAUCACAAUGAAAUCAAAUUUUGACUACCGAAAUGUUUUCGUAUUUGAGAUCUAAACAGUGUUUGAAGCCUGCAGCAGUUUCCAUAUUAAGGAAUAGAAACAUCAAUCAACUCACGUUUAUUUUCCUUGUGCAUGUUUUAAGCUCCUUUUUCAGAGUAACAUAAAAACACUUUAAACUGUCGUUUUAUCUUAGAGAACACUAGAACAUUGCCGGUUCUGUGACGUGCCAGGUUUCCUUCACUAUUGUCAUUAUUUGGAAUUCCUAACACUUGUAGUUCUGAAACAACUAAUCGCAUACGUAGUACGAGUAGAAGUAGAAUAGCUGGGAAACUACUUAAGAUCUCUCUAUUCAGACUAGAACAAAUAAACUAUUGUUUCUCGUGAUAAGACUCGGUAAUUGUUUGUUCAAAUGUGUGAUGCAACUAUAAAUUGAAAGUAACAGAAUAUUAAAUGAAAAUAUGGUUAUAUCAACAGUUUGAGAGUUAAAUAUAAGAUCAUGGAAAAUUGCCUUAAAAUUACAUCUUAAAAAUAAUAUACAAGAUAUUGAUUGAAAA